AUGGCCGAGGGCCUCGAGAGCAGCGGGCGCGGCGAUGCCGAGGAGAGCCCUGGCGGGCUGCUGCGGGUCUUGCGCGCCAGGGACGCUAGCGCGGAGGAGCUGCUGAGAGAUCUUCACGCCGAGCGCCUGCUGCGACGCCAAGAGGGCGCUAGCGCCGCCGCCGAGCGCGAGGAGCUCGAGCUGCGCUGCCGGCGGCUGGAGGCGGAGCUGCAGGGGGCGCUGGAUCGGCGUGCCGACGCGGGCGCGCGGGCUCGCGAGGAGCGCCUGGCCGAGCGGGGCUCGCUGGCGGAGCGGCUGCGCGCCGCGGAGACGCGCGAGGCCGAGUUGCUGGCGCACAACAGCGAGCUGGCCGCGGAGUGCGGCACGCUGCUCGCCGCGGCUGAGGCCGAUCGGCGGGAGGUGGGCUCGCUCCGCUCGGCCGUGGACGCGCUGAGGGCCGAGCUGGCGGACGCGCGCGCAGCCGUGCUGGACUCGGACGAGGUCAGGGCCCAGCUGCAGCAGGAUGUCGCCGACGCCGAGGCGAAGCUCCGCCGCGUCAGCGACCGGGCCCGCGAGCUCCAGGCCGAGCUGGCGCGCCUCGGGGAGCGCGGCGCGGCCCAGGAGGCGGAGCUGCGGCAGCGGGCGCAGCAGGCCGAGGCGGGCCUCGCUGGGCGCCUGGAGGAGCAGGCGCGCCAGCUCGCCCUGGAGCUGGACGAGCACGGCCGCGGCCGCGCCGCGCUCGUGGAGCGGCUGCGCGAGUGCGAGGCUCACGAGGCGGCGGGCGCGAGGGGUGCCCAGGAGGCGCAGCGGGGCGCGGAGGAGGCCGCGCUCCGCGCCGGCGCGGCGGAGCGCCGCGCGUGCGAGGCGGAGGAGCGGCACGGCGCCCUGGAAGCGCUGCUGGGCGUGCGCGCGGGGGCCGAGGGCCGGCUGCGGGAGGAGGCCGCCGCGGCGGAGGAGCGGCUGCACGGCGAGGGGGAGGAGCUGCGGCGGCUGAGGCAGGAGGUCAUCCGGCGGCAGGUGGCGGCCGACGGCGUGGACUCGGCGGUGCAGGCCGCGGAGCGCCGGGAGCAGCAGGCCGCCGACCUCGUGUCGCUCGCCGAGCGGCGGCUGCGCGCCGCGCUGGAGGACGGGCGCGGGCAGGAGGCCGCGUUGCUCGAGGCCCGCGCAGGCGCCGCGGAGCUGGAGGCGGAGGCCCGACGGCUGCGCGCCGAGUGCGGCGCGCGCGCCACCGAGCUCGAGGCCGAGCUCGAGGCGCGCGCCGCCGCUGCCGAGGCCGCGGGGGCGGAGGCGCGUCGGCUCGGGGCGCUGCACCGCGGCGCCGAGGCCGCCGCCGCGCAGCGCGAGGGUGCGCUGCGGGAGGGCGCCGCGGCGUUGUGUGAGCGGCAGCAUGCCCUGACGGUGGCGGAGGCACGGCAGGGGGAGCUGGAGAGGGCCCUGGCCCUGGCAGAUGCGCGGCUCGAGGAGGCGAAGGCGCGGCUCGAGGAGGCGACCCGCCCGCCCCCGCGGCGCGACGCCGCCGUCGGCACGGCGCCGCUGCACCGGGCCGUGCGCGCGGCGCUGCGUGAGCACGCGGAGGGGCGGCUGCAGGCGCUGCACCGCGGCACGCUGCUCUGGGAGGCGUGGAGGUGCUGGGCCGCCGUGGCGGGCGCGGGCCAGCUCCGGGAGGCGGUCGCGGCGGAGGUGCGCGUCGCUGCGGAGGUCCGGGCUCGCGACGAGGGCUUGCGGAGCGCGCUCGACGCGCGGGCGCUCGGGGAGGCCCUGCCGGAGGCCAGCCUGGGCACGCUGAAGCGUCUGCUUCUGGAGUUCCGGCGCCGGGCGGCUGCGGCGCUGCUGGAGCUGGGCCCGGCCGCCUCGGGCAAGGAGAGGGCGACAGUCCGCUCCCUGGCGUGCUGGAGGCCUCCCGCGCUGGCUUCGGGCGGCUGCUCCACGCGGCGCUCUUCCUCUACCAGAAGCUUCGGGCCCUGGUGCCCACGGAGCUGCGCGAGGCGCUGCAGGACCCGCUGGGCAACUUGGUGCCCGUGCCGUUCUACGUGCUGCCGUACAAGGCGAAGCAGGCGAUCCGCCUCGCGGCCUCGGCCGCGGCGCGCGCGGGGCAGGAGCGCGGCCACCGCGAGCCGGGCCCGCAGGGCGCCGACGCCGAGGUCUGCCUGCGCCUGGAGCGGCUCGAGGAGCAGAUGCCCCUCUCGGAGCACCCCCGGCUUCCUGGUCCACCUCGUUGGCCUGGGCGCCGGCGUGCCGGACGACCUCGCCGCUGCCGGGGCGCCGCCGCCGGGCGGCGGCGCCGAGCUGCUGCGCGACCGCUUCGAGGCGCUGCUCCUGGACGCCCUGACGGUGUACAUGAGCGGCUGGCGCCGAGCGCCCGGCGCGCGGGGCGCCCCAGAGGUUAAAAUUCUGGAUUUUCGAAUGGCAGCUGCCUGCGGCUCGCCAGCGGGGGCGCCGCCCUCCGCGGGCGCCGCGCUGGCGCCGCGCGAGUCGCGGAGCCUGCCGCCGCAGCGCGCCUGCGGGCGGGCAGGGCGGCCACCGAGCAGCCUGGCGCCCAGGCGCAGCGCCCCCUGCGCCGCAGCGGUCGCGGCGCCGAGGAGAGGGCACUUCCCCCUGGGCCACGGCCAGCUGAAGGAGGAGUCUGGCCGGCGCAGCGCGGGCGGCGUGCACCAUCCCCAGGAGCUCUGGCGCACCACCGCUUGUGCGCAGUGACUGCGCGCGCAGUGACUGCGAAUUCGGCGCGGGCAGGUGCCGGGGAAAAG